CUCAGCUGAGUUUAUGCAACUGCCCCACAGCACAGCUACUGUUAUGAAACUGAUUUCCGCUGUAAGGUCACGUGUCAACAGAUGAGGGGAAAGUUGCUGAAAGCAUCAGUUUCAGUGGAAACACACUGAAAGGUGUGUGGAUCCCAUAGACUGUAUAUAAAAGGUGGAUCCCUAGCAAUAUUCCAUCAUGCAGUUGGAGGCUCAAUUGCGUCUGUGCCAGAGUUGUCUGUGGUGCUGCAAGAGUGGGCUGCGUCUGCUCUCCCAGAGCUAUGCACACAGAAAAUCUGUGAACUACUACGACCUCCUGGGAGUGAAAUCUGAUGCCACCUUGGAGGAAAUUAAAAAUGCAUUUUUUGACAAAUCUAAGAAGCUGCACCCAGACAGCAAUCCAUCCGACCCAGCGCUCCACAGCCAGUUUGUGGAGCUGAACGAGGCCUACCGAGUGCUGAGCAAAGACCUGAGCAGGAAGGAGUAUGACUUCAAAGUCAGACAUGGGGGCCAGGCCUUCAGAUCUACCUCCAGCUACAGAGCCAGUACGGAUACCCAGGAGAGCAUGCGGUACUGGGAGCAGUUUCGUCACUCUCAUGCACAGGAGGCAACGCCAGAGGAAUGGCAGAGGAAGAGGAGGAGGAACUUCCGCCUGGUUGGCUACUGCAUCAUCGCUAUGGUGCUCAGUGUUGGAGCUCACGUAGUCUUUUUCAGGAAACUGGAAGAAGUUCACAAUAACUUCAUGGACGAGAAAGAUCGAGUCAUCACGGAAAUUUACAAUGAAUCCAAAGCGAGGGCCAGGAUCAAUGGUUUCAAGAAGCAGACAGAAAUCCUGCGGCAGAAACAUGCUGAGUUUCUGGAGAAAUAUAAAAUCCACAACGGUGGAGAGGACAAAUAGGAGAGUCUCCAGCUGUGCUCAGUGAUGAUGGAGUUCAAACUGCCAGCAGGUGGAAGAUUGGAAACAGGCUGAAUGUGGUACAGGUUUUAAGGAUUUUAAAGUUUUUAACUAAUUUAAGCUAAAAAUGCCUGGGGUUUGUCCUCAGCACCACAACUGAGGACUUGAAGAUGCACAGGUGAACAUGUGGUAGGGUUUCGUCUGGUCAUACAAGUGUUUCUUCAUGACCAAGCUGAACUGUACAUCAGACUGGACUGGUCUGUUGAAGCGUUUAUAGUUGGUAAAAUGUUUGAAGUGAUGUGACCGUGAGAAGGAUCUACCUACUGAAUGUACACAAUACUCUCUGUACUCUCUGUGCCAUAAUGACCACAGUUCUCUGAAGAACUCACCUGUACAUGUUAUUACAUUACAUGUUUUUCUGUUUUUUGACUGCCUUCCCUCUUCCCUUAAGAGCUGUCAGAAAGAAAUGAUUAAAAGAUCAACUUUUUCUCAUCAA